AAGAAUUUCGCGGUGCCUCUUCAAUGGGCGAACCAUACGGCGUCGUUACAAAGCGGCUUCAAGAAGUGCAAGCUCACAAGAUUUAAGGAACAAGCUCUUCUAGUUUCAGCUAGCCUAGGACUAAGGUUCCAUAGCAAACCUCUAAAUGCCGGGGAAGAACUGCAUAAGGAAACUCUUCCACUACAAUUGGGUUCGCGGCUGUACAAGCUACAAGGACUCAAACCUUAUACGUGGUAUGAAGUGAAGAUAUCAUAUCCAACGUCUAUACCAGCUAGCUUUUCCAUACAACUCAAGAGAGGCAAUUCCAACUUGGCACUGACACUGAAUCACAACAGAAGAUUACUCAAUACUGAAAAGCUUAUUUUCAAGACUCAAAGUCUUUACUCACAUAGCGAUCAGGGUGGUAUCUAUGUGUUGGUGACUGUGGAGCCUGAGGGGACUGUUGCCAUACCACAUGUUCAGGAGAGGCAGUUCAUCAUCUUUAACAUAGUUUGUGAUGAACUACUCUUGGGCAUCCCGCACAAAGCUUGGUGGGUUGGACUCUUGGUGUUACUUUGCCUUGGAUUCGCAUUCAUCAUCCCGUCAUUUCUUCCAUCAUAUCUGCUACAGAAGAGCCAAAGCCCAAAUUCAGUUCGUCAGAAUGUUUCCAAGGCUUUCUGAAAAUCGGCUCAAGAAAACUUUUUGCUGGAAUUCUUGUCUUAAAUGUUGUUGAUGUCCAAAUUGGUAUUACCGUCUUUUUUAACUUUUCCCCUUUAUCUGAUGUUUUAUGGCUUCUAAUGUCAAUGGAUUGUCUGAAUUAUGCAAUUCCCAUUCUUUUUACUUCUCC